ACAAUGGAGGCCUAAAAAUUGUCAAUCCUCAGAGUGGCGAAAUUCUCAUUACCUUUUUCUUUAGAUUAUCGUGAAUUUAGCGUCUCAUUUGGAGGUAACUUUAUUAGUUUAAUUAUUUACCUUUUUCGCGAAUUUUCAGUGCGUAAGUUUUAUCUUCGGAAGACUCAAUAUGACGCGUCACGCCCGUAAUUGUACCGCGGGUGCCGUCUACACAUACCACGAGAAGAAAAAGGAUGCCGAAGCUUCUGGAUAUGGCACACAAAACGAAAGAAUCGGAAAGGAUUCCGUUAAGGACUUCGAUUGCUGUUGUCUGACACUCCAACCCUGCCGGAACCCGGUCAUCACAAAAGACGGGUUCCUUUUCGACAAAGAAGCCAUCCUCGAGUACAUUAUCUCAAAGAAAACUGAAUACAGCCGAAAAUUGAAGGAGUUCGAACGGCAGUCAAAAAAAGAAGAAGCAGAAAAGGCUGAGCUGGCAGAAGCUGAGAAGCGAACAAAAUUGAACAAUUUCAUGGAUAUGGAAAAAAAUAUCGUCAAGAACUCUCCGUCUUCCUCUUCAAGUUCUUCUAGCAAAUCAGUUUCAAACAUGGCAAAUGGAGGAGAAAAACAUUUACCUAGCUUUUGGAUCCCAUCUAAAACUCCGGAGGCACGGAAAACAGUUGUCGGAAAACCAGACAAAACUAUCUACUGUCCAAUGAGUGGGAAACCAAUAUCAUUGAAAGAUCUGAUAAAUGUGAAAUUUACCGAAGUGAAAGACCCAGACGAUAAGAAGUCGCUCAUCACAAAAGAGAAUCGGUACAUGUGUGCAGUCACUCAUGAUAUCCUCAGCAACUCUGUGCCUGCAGCUGUGUUGAAACCAACGGGUGAUGUUGUAACAGUAGAAUGUGUAGAAAAAUUAAUUAAGAAAGAUUGGCUGCACCCACUCACUGGAGAAAAAUUGACAGAAAAAGAUAUAAUUUAUAUGCAAAGGGGAGGAACUGGAUACUCACAAACCAAUGACAAUCUAGAAGCCAAAAAUGCUAGACCGGUAAUUCAAGUUUAAGAAGCAUCAUGCAGUUUGCCUCUUGACACCAUUGUGAGGAGUUCCAGCAAGUCGCGCACGACCAUAGCCUGGCUCAGUGCCGAAGGAGAGUUGAGCUGUUGACUCAGCACCGCCUCUAACCUCUGUGCUCCGAGGCCGGUCCUAAAUGGAACCAUUUUGUGUGAGACUGCUUGUAAUUUGUAUUAGACUCAAAUUUUUUUACCUCAUAAAUUUACAGAGAGGCAUAGGACAAAUGUGGGACCUGUGUGAACUCACUUGGAGUUUGAACAUGUCCUCUUGGCUGUGACCUAAGUGUUCGUGAUUGAGUUAUAAGAACACAAAAUACAUGAAUGACUAGGAAAAGUUUUGUACAAAAUCGAGACAUCGAGGUGUCAAUCUUUUGUGGAACAAACUUUUUAGUAACUAAGAGUUAUGUUAAAAACCAUAAUCGGAAGUGCUAUGUAGUUUUACAACGGCUCAGGUGUCUGUACAACAACAAAACAAAAUCAUUGUUGGACAGGGCCCUAGACUCCAUCCAGAAUCAGGCAUAGAGGCCUGUCCAGGAAGAUGAAUUAGAUGAGAUGAUGGAUAACACCAAACACAAGGAAUUCAAGAAUGUUGGCCGGAACAGCCACUGCAACUGUUUUUAUCACAAGAAGAAUACAAUUUUCACUCCUCAUGGAAUGAAAUAUUAAAAAACUCACAUUAUUAUUGGAGAUGCUACACUUGUGCCAUGGAUAGGGGGAAAAAACUGACAAAAAAAACUUCCUACAAUCCCUAUUUUUGUGAAAUUUAGUGACCAGUGUUAUGGCAACAAUGCCAUUUACACUUAACAGUCUGUGUGUUGGUACUUGUCUAUGUCUACACAUUUGUAUACUUGAGAAACAUGAGUUUUCUUUUUACCUUCUCUAAGUAACUUUGUCCCAGGCUGUUAUUUCUUAUGGUAAAACCUGCCUACAUUGAAUGGAGCUUCACUUGUGAAAUGAUCUUUUCUUCAUUACAAACUGUCACAACUGCCAAUACACACCCAAGACUAGCUAUUUUACUGGACUGAUAGAAAAUUAAUUUAGAAUCUUGAAUUGAUAGUUGGUUCGAUUUUUCCUGUUUUUAUUUUGUUGUUGAAACCUUGCAUGUAGGAUUUUUAAGUCACUUCUUGCACAAUCACCCUAAUAAGCUAAUGCCAUCAAGGUAAAUGUUUCGGAAGGUUCUAUCAAAUGUAAGAAAAGAUAGUGAAUGAUGAAAACUGAAAAACAUUGGAAAAAAAUGAAAAAGAAGCAUUUGCUCCCUUACUUGAUUGACUUGGAACCUUUUCAGUCAGCAGUAUUUGGCAUUGUGUGCACAUUUUACUACACGACACCUAGCAGGCAUGGUCAUAGAUGAAAAUUUAACAACAGUUAUCAAAAGACUAGAUUAAAUAAUUAAAUUCACAAUGAAUUCACGUUAACAUAAUCUCAUGACAACACACAAACACAUUUAACACAUGAUAACAAUAAAACAUUAUCUUCAGUCGUUGGACAAGAUGGCGUAGCAUUUGGUUACUUGCCAUGUGAAGAGGGGUUCUGGAGUAACCAUUCUAAUAGCUAUUGGCAAAGCAAGAACCACUGGAUUUCGAUGUUUCCCUAGAGACAGUGGUCGAGGUCAUUAUGUUAACAGCAUAGAAUAUGUCACAGAGCACUGGGGGGGUGACUAGCGUCCUUUUCUUAUAGACGGGGCUUUUCAUGUUUGGCAUGGGGCCGCGGAUCAGCUCAACGGA